AUGCCAACGUUUCUUGCGAUCGCGUCGCUAACUCCUUUAUGCUCUGCCCCAGGUUCGCUUUUUCUAUAUGGCUUUGCCACCUACAAUAGAAUGGCACUUGCCGACAACAGACCAUCAAAGCUUCAACAGCGACUUGAUAAUGCAGUUUCUGAAUUUAGAUUCUACGAGGUGCACCAACUCCAUAAGACCAUAUACUUUAGAUAUAUAACUCGUAGAAAUUAUUCAGAAGCUCUUAAAUCCAUAUUAUCAGGUGCCAUUUUUCUGCUUGAUAAUGAACAGUGGGAAAGUGGAAUCGAUUUAUCUUGUCUUGUUCUUGAGGUCUACACAAAGAGUGGAAUUGAACUCGGUGAGUCACACCUCAACCAGUUAUGUGAAUUGCUUCGACGAAUGACUUCACCAAGUGACGAAAGGGAUACAUUUAUAUCCAAAACCCUCCAACUUUUGCGUCCCAAUAGAGACCUAUUUUCUGUCUUCAAUGAAUACCUUGGACGUAAACUUUGGCAGGAAGGAAUGUUCGAGGAAGCUAGGACCAGGAUAAUGAUGGCUGCCAAUGGCUACGUGGCUGGUCGUUUUCUUAUUGAACUUCACCAACGUUGUGGUUUUCGCUCUGAGCUCGAUCUAUUUAUCGCCCAAGCAGUUUUGCAGUUUUUAUGCAUGAAGAAGACAUCUGUCGCUGCCCUUACAUUCUACACUUAUACUCGUGGACACCCUAGAUUAGAACCAGGACCCCCAUUUACCCGAUUUCCACUUCUAAAUUUUCUUUGGUUUCUCAUGCUCGCCAUAGAGCGUAAAUGUACACUUUCAGUAUUUUCUGUGCUGUGUGACAAAUAUAGUCUCCAGAUCGAUCGUGAUCCAACUUACGUCAAAUAUCUCGAGAAGAUAAGUCAGCUAUACUUUGGAGUUAAGCCCAAGUCGGAGAGAAUUGAUGGAUUCCUUUCUCGCUUUGUCAAGUUACUUACUGGUCCAGAUGAAGAGGAAGGUGAAGUUUCAGUCAUGGAUCAAUCUAUUCCAUCAAAGAGCCAAAGUACGAGCAAGUCUAUGAACGUGGAGGACAUUGAUUGA